UGAAACUCAAGUCUUUGAGAAUAAAAAAUCAUACAUUCCCCAUUGAUAUGGACACUAUGGACAGGGCAACUUUCAGGCACACUGCUUCUUCAAUUACUGUCUUUGCACAUAUUUUUGGUCUCACUGCCUGCAUUCUUAUGCUUGUUUGGUUGCUGCAUUAUCGUGGCGGCCUAGCCUAUGAUUCUCCCAAUCCGGACCUUGUUUUCAAUUGCCACCCAUUCUUCAUGCUCCUCGGUUUCGUGUUCAUGUCGGGAGAAGCAAUGAUGGCCUACAAGACAGUGAGAGCAGAAAAGAUAACAAAGAAGAUAGUUCAUAUGGCCCUGCAUUUGGUAGCCAUUUGCAUGGGAAUUAUAGGAAUAAACGCUGCUUUCAAGUUUCAUGAUCAAGUGAACUUGGAGGAUAUGUUUAGUUUACAUUCAUGGAUUGGCAUCGUCACUUUCUGCCUUUAUGGCUUACAGUGGCUGUUGGGACUAUUUACAUUCUUGUUUCCAGGAGCAGAUGCAGCUACCAAAGCCAGGCUGCUGCCAUGGCACAUAAGUGGGGGAAGGGCUCUGCUGAUGAUGAUAAUAUGCACAGCAUUGACUGGCUUGUCUGAGAAGGCUACUUCUUUGAGACUGGCUGGCAGCCCCGAGUCCCGUUUGCUUAACUUCACUGCUUUCUUCGUCCUCCUCUUUGGCAUUUCCAUCGAUGUUUCCAUCGGUUUUGCUCGGUUUAUGCACAUCGAUCACACUGUUUAGGCCUAUUCUUUUCUAGUUUCUUGUUCUUUUCAAGAGUGUGGGACUUGUAUGCUGAGUUGUUUUCAAGUUUCAUUGCUGAGAUGUGUGUUCAUUGUUAAGAUUAUAUUCAUCCCAACUCAAUGGACCUCUUCUUGUCCUCUUAUUUUGAAUGAAAACAAAAUUUGUUCUGUUUGGAA